AUGGGUGAACAGCAGCAACAACAGGAACAACAGCAACAGCACAUUGGCAACAGUACACAAAAACGAAAAAACAGUAGGCACAGCAACAGCAACAAUUUGAAUAAGCGCAUCAGUAGCAAUCCCUACAACAGGAACAACAGCAGCAACAGUCACAGCAAUAGUGGCAACAGAAGCAAGAGUAUCAGUAAGAGCAGCAAGUCCCAACUUCAACAACAACAGCAACAAUUACUUAGGCACCAGCAAAAGUUGCAGCAACAGCAACACAUCCAGCAACAGCAACUCAGCAGCAAAAGUAGCAGCAAUAGUAGCAACAGUAUCAGCAACAGCAACAAAGGCAACAAUCAGCUAAAUCAAAACUUCAACAACAACAGCAUCAGUUACUGGGGCAUUAGCAAUGGUUCCAGGAACAGCAACAGCUCCAGCAACAGCAACACAUCCAGCAGCAGCAACUAUAUCGAUAGCAACCUUAGAGAGCUAAAAAGGAAACGCAACGGCAGCAACAGUUCGAGUGAAUGCAGCAGCAGCAAACUUUACAAAAACACAACAAUAGCAGUAGCAAAAGUAGCAGCAAUACUAGCAAAAGUAUCAGCAGCAAGAACAGCAGCAAUCAGCAGGAAUGACGACCGUGGCAAAAACAACAACAAUAGUUGCAGCAGCAGCAACUAUAUCGAUAGCAACUUUAAGAAGCAUCAAAAGCAACAGUUUCGAAAGAGGCAGCAGCAGCAGCAAUGUCUUCAAAGGCAACAACAGUAUCAAUACAAUACAAUACAUUACUUCAACAACAACUGCAUCAAUGACUGGGGCAUCAGCAAUAGUUGCUGCAACAGCAACAGCUCUAGCAGCAGCAACUAA